UACUAUGUGCAGUCACAUAUUCAAAUCAACGAGUAUCGAGACCGUGUAAUUUUGCCUGCUGCUUCCAAAAAGUAUGGAAGGCCUAUUACCACCUGCGUGAAGGUUUUGGAUAUGACCGGUUUGAAACUUUCAGCGUUGAGUCAAAUAAAGUUAUUGACAAUCAUAUCAACCAUUGAUGACUUGAACUACCCAGAGAAGACAAACACAUACUAUAUUGUAAAUGUCCCUUAUAUAUUUUCAGCCUGUUGGAAGGUUGUCAAGCCUCUUUUGCAAGAGAGGACAAGGAAAAAAGUGCAGGUGUUACAAGGCUGCGGGAGAGAUGAGCUCUUAAAG